CACAGCUUUGCCUCCAUUACGCAACACUAAUCUGAAGCCUGUGCACUACAGCUGCCACGGUGGAAAUCCCAGGAUUCUCUGCAGAACCAGUUCCACCAGAAACAAACUGGUGAAUGAAACUGGUCUCAGCGUCUCCAUGGAACUGGAGCUAACUUCAAUCUGCUGGGAUUAGAAGACGAGGACGGAGCCUCACACACACACACACACACACACACACACGCACACACACACACGCACACACCAGCAGCAUCUUCUGGGGCUGAAUCAAACAUGGCCCCCAUCACCCUCUGGUGGAGGAAGUGAGGUGGAAUCCUCUUGAGUGGUUUGUAUAAUUUCAACCAGGACGACACUUUGACCUCACACGGCGGGGGAGGAGGGCAAAGACACACAAUGACACAAACUGGACCAACAAUCCAGCUUGUUUCUCUGAUUCAUCUCAAUCUGUCCUCGUCUCUGUCGCCUUAAAUUUGUCCUUUCCCCUUAAAUAUGUAAAGUGUCCUAAGCUCCCUUAAAAGAAGCCAUACAAAUAUAAGUUAUUAUAAUUUUUUCUAUAUUAUUAUUAAUCUUCUCUCUUAACAAUCUUAGAAAUAAAGAAAUCUGAAGGGUAAAAAAAGCAUAAAAGAUCCUGAAUGAAUAAAACAAGUACAGGUACCUGAGUCCUUCACUCAUCACUUAUUAAUAAAGCCUUUAUGACUCGUAACCUUGAAACAGGAGUUUACAGGGUUUCUUAAAGGCAACACGGUCACAUGCUUUCAAGCCACAUUCCAGGUUUAAAAAGAGGAAUGAAAACACAAUCUCCCUGUAAACUGAUCUGGGUUUUAAACAAACCUGGACAAAGGUUUGCUGCAGUGAAUCUCAACCGUGUGAAGAAAAAGUCCUUCAGGUUAUUUCUGUCUAAUCAUUAACUCGUCCUCUGGCUGACUCAGGAUCUGAUCUUUGAAUCAGGACACACUGGCUGCUCUGCUUUUUCUUUAACCCUCAAACUCUAACCUCCUUCUUUUCCAUUCGCUCUGACACUUUCACUCCACCUGAAUCCAGUUUUCACAGAAAGUGAAAGUGCAGGAUUCAAAAGAGGAAGAACCAGUGGCAGCGGUUACUCACCUGAGCGACACACAGCUGGAGGAUUUUUAAAGCACUGAGAUGUCAGACAUGAAGGAGAGUUCCACUGAGAGCCCGGACGAGGACAGUGUGUCCCUCAAGAGCAACGGGAAGACGCCGACUGAUGGCGGCGGGAAGCAGCCACUGGGCAGGAUGCAGUCGAUCAGGAUGAGCCUACGACGCGCUGCGGAGAAGAGCCCACUGUCACCAGGCAAAGGGUCAAAGGUCACGCGUAAAGGAGAGACAGCUGGAAACGAGUCGGGGUCGCAGCCGCCUCCGUCCCCCAGUCCGAGCGCUGGCUCUCAGGCUGUCUCUCCUCUGAAGAACAUCGGGAGCUUCUUCCAGAGAAAAGAGGAAGACGAAGGCGAUGCCACCUCACAGACGAGCCAUCCUAUAAAGCGCUCGAAGACAAAUCCCAACAUGUCGUCGUCUGGUGAGUCUUUCAUGAGAAGGUCGUUACGUCGAAGCCUGAAUCUGGUCUCCAAGAAGGACAAGGAGCCGAGCAGCCGCCAGGAGCUGCUCCCAACCGUCAGCGAGGGCCCAAAGGAGGAGCAGAGGGAGGAGAAGACCGAGGAGGAGGUGGAGGAGGAGUUAGAGGAGAUGUACACGCUGCCAGACUUACCCCACACACCUCUGUCAGUGAUGCAGAUCAGUAAGCUGAUCGACAUGGAGGUGCUGGAGGAGGCGUACCUGAACCUGCUCGCCCUGCGUCAGGAGUUCCAGCAGGAGUUGGAGCGCUGUGGAGAGGACUCGCCCAUAGAGCUGGUCAAGAAGGAGAAGGACCUCAACCUCCUCUACGGGGACCUGAGGAAGAAGGUCAACGGCAUAGUGCGUGAUGCCAACUCUCUUCCCUCCAGGAACAAGGGGCUGCUGGUCCCCGUGGCCCGCAUCAUCCAGGAGGAGGAGAGGAGAGCCGAGGAAGUGGGGGGGCUGCCGGACAGUUGGAUGGAGGCCUGGAGGGAGGCGGUGGGGGAGGGCGUGCAGGUGAAGGUGUCGAGCGUUCACCUGGAGCAGAAGGAGCAGAACACCUCCUGGCUGGCCGUUCACCUGGGCCUGCUGGGGAAGGCCAUCGUGGAGGACCUGGAGAACGUGAAGAGGGAGCUGCGCUGGUCCUACCCCCCCAGCUUCAGAGCGUUCAGCACCUACGUGAGGAGCUACCACAGAGUCGUGGGCCAGCACCUGAAGAAGCUGGAGCAGCAGGUGACGGAGGCGAAGGACCUGUACGCUCUGCUGAACUGGAUCAUCAACAGUUACAAGAGCGAGAGGAUCAUGGGAAGUGAGUCUCUGCAGCCGGAGAUCGGGGACGACAGCAAAGAUCUGCAGCUGGAGGAAAACUUCCUGGAGCAGCUGAAGGAGACAUACUGCAGCCGAGUGAAGGUGGACAUGAGAUCUUCACUUGACAGAAUCAUUGAAAUGGAAAAUGAAGACGUUUGGACGAAAAGCAAGAAGCCAGAAAAGGAGGAGAAACUCCUCAACUCUCAGAUCCACUUUGACAUCUGGACGAAAGUGAAGGGAAACGUUCUGAACUCAUCGAGAAUCGAUGCUCAGCUGGAACAGAAAGUCGUCACUUCCUGCCUCCAGGAACUGAAGGAUUUUCCUCAAAGGUUCGUGUCGGCACUCCAGCGUCUCUGUGGCGCUCUCAAACCAACACUGCUGUGGACGCACUAUCAGAUCACCUACAUCAACUGCUUCACUGCUUUACAGCGGCACAUGGAGGGACACCUGAGCGCCUGUCCAGAGGAGGUGGAGGACUUCAGGAAGGAGGUGAAGUGGCUUAUCGUCACGCUCCUGCAGGGCCUGGAGGACCAGUUCAAAGAGGACGUGAAGCCGUUCCUGAGGAGGAUGAUGACGAGGAAGUGGCUCACCAGCGACGAGGACUUCAAGCAACUCUACCGUCUCACAGUGCAGCUCUCAGACCAGUGCAGCCUCAUGACGCCGCCACACGUCCAGGAGUUUGCGAGCCACUGUCACUACCACGUGGUGAAGGAGUACAUCGGCCAGCUCAUGAAGAACAACUACUCCUGCAAGAAUCGCAAGCACGAGAAGGCAGCAGCCGAGAUCCAUCGGCAGUGGGGGAAACUGGUCGAUGUGUUUCAGGACACGCCAUCGACUCACGAGUGGCUGAACUCAGUGGGACACGACCUGAGUGACAUCAUUGGACAGAAAAACAAGAUGGACAUAAAGGAUCAUCUUGAACCUGUGGUGCAGAACUACCCGGACUUCAGCAGGAGGCACCUGGUGGCUGUUCUGAACUUCAGAGGUCUGAUGAGAGGCCGAGAACACCAGCUCAUCCUGCAGAGAUUCACAGAGCUGAAAAAGAAACUGGGAAACGCCAGCGGAGACAAAACCCAAGUGUUGUUUGGAGACAUGCAGGUCACCAUCAACACAGACUGCCUGUCCAAUCUGCCGUUCUUCUGCUUCAGCUGAGUGAUGGCUAAUUCUACACAGACAAUGAACUGAUGGAGGAAAGUGAAGAACAUUAAGAAGUGGAAAUAAUGUGGAAUCUCUGGUUCCACAUAUUUAUAAAGUAAAGCUGACCACUCAGAACAUGUUUCCUCCUCCAGUGUCUCAACCAGAAACACUGAACAAUCAUCAACAGUGGAGAAAACCAAGAGUCUCUUCCACCAGAUUCCUGCUCUAAAGGAAACAUCUUCACUCUUCAUCGUGGGCAGCGAGACCAAACUCUUUAGAAACACAUUUCUCAAGUCAACAACUAUAGAAAUGAUCCCUGAAAGUAUAGUCUUGGUUUGUUCUGCGUGUUUCUCUGAGUCUUAUAUCUACAGACGUGAACCUUUACUCCUGGUGAGCUGCUGUGAUCCAGAGAGACAAACCUCCUCCAAUCACAAGUUACACUUUGAUUUCUGUGGCUCAUUACUGUCAUAACAAUCAUAACUGAUCACACAUCAAAGACGAAAGAACAACUAAGACGUUGUGUAGUUGAGAUAAUGUGGAUUCAACAGAUUAUAUGUAUUUCAAUCGUUUUUAAAUCAUGUUCUGAAGAAGAGUUUUGUUUUUCCUUCUCAAACUACAAGUUAAUAUCAGAAUAGUAUUUAUAGAUUUAGAUAUAUUUUGAAUUUUAUUGUCAUUUAUUGAGAAAUUGUAAUGUUUGUGUAAAAAAUAAAGUUUGUUGAGUCUGACAA